AUGUUGUUUCUGCUAUCAGGAACUACAGCUGUGCAUGGAGAACUUGAGGAAUGUGUUGCUAAAUUUGUGGGAAAACCUGCUGCUGUUGUUUUUGGCAUGGGCUACUUAACAAACUCGGCUAUCAUUUCUGUCUUGAUUGGCAAGGGAGGGUUGAUAAUAAGUGAUUCUUUGAACCAUACUUCAAUUAUCAAUGGUGCUCGAGGUUCAGGAGCCACUAUCCGCGUUUUCCAACACAACAUAUUGAAAGAACAUAUCAUUGAGGGACAACCAAGGACACACAGACCGUGGAAGAAAAUUAUCGUUGUUGUUGAAGGUAUUUAUAGCAUGGAAGGGGAAAUCUGUGAUCUACCGGAGAUUGUUUCAGUAUGCAGUGAGUAUAAGGCAUAUGUUUAUUUGGACGAAGCUCAUAGCAUUGGAGCAAUUGGCAAAACAGGACGAGGUGUUUGUGAACUCCUAGGAGUUGACACUACUGAAGUGGACAUUAUGAUGGGCACUUUCACGAAAUCUCUCGGGUCUUGUGGUGGCUACAUUGCCGGAUCCAAGGACCUUGUCCAAUAUUUGAAGCAACAUUACCCUGCUCACCUUUACGCAACAUCAAUUUCAACUCCUGCUGCACAACAAGUCAUAUCGGCCAUAAAAGUCAUCUUUGGAGUGGACGGUUCAAACAGAGGGGAACUAAAGUUAGCAAGAAUAAGGGAGAACAGCAACUUUUUCAGGGCUGAGUUGCAGAAGAUGGGGUUCAAGGUCCUUGGAGUUUAUGAUUCCCCAAUCAUGCCAAUAAUGCUUUACAAUCCAGCAAAAAUCGCAGCCUUCUCAAGGGAAUGUUUGCGAGAAAACUUGGCAAUCGUGGUAGUCAGUUUCCCACCUAUACCUCUAUUGCUAGCCAGGGCUCGUAUUUGCAAUUCCGCAUCUCACUUAAGAGAAGAUCUUAUUAAAGCCCUGCAGGUUAUAAGCAGAGCAGGUGACCUUACCGGGAUCAAAUAUUUUACGGCAGCUCCAAAGAAGCAAGAAGAGAAAAAUGGCAAUACUUCAAAGUUCAAACUAAGAAUAUAGAAUUUUGUUUUUCUUUCAAAAACCAAGUUAGAGCACAAAUUUUCUAUGCUCCAUGGUUGAGUGCACCACUUCAAACAAAUUGACAGCAUUUUGUUACUUAUACAAAAACCUUACAAGUAACACAUACGAAACUUUCCCUGUUUCCACA